AUGGCUCAGAUUGCUGCGAUCGCGGGUGCACGCCAGCAGCGUGAACAGUACCGCGCAACCGGACUCGCCCAGACACUGCCAACGAGCGCACAGUCCAGUGCUGCUGCCAUUGCUGCGAGCGCCGGCCGAGGAGGAGGGCUCCCGUCUGCGACCGAGAUCGAGGCUGCCCAGCAGUCGCACGCGCUCGAGCGGCAGUCGCACGCAGUCAGCGAAACCGAUCGCGCCACGCUGCACCACGUCCUCGAGCCGUUCUCGCAGCACAUCGGUGGCAAUGAGUCUAAGCACUUGAAUGCUUCGUCGUCGUCACAUCGAUCGGAUUUAGCAAGUAAAUGGUACGCCGAGCUGUCGCGUCUGGCGCGCAUUGAAGAACGCUCCGACAGCAACCACAACGAGCUCGGUAUUCCCAGCCAGCGAUUGUGCUGCAACGUUCGUUGGUCGAAUUCCAGUUCAAGUUCGCUGGAAUGGUGCACUCGCCACUGCAACAUGAGUCUUCAACUCCGACUCGUGGAUGGGCCCGAUCAAACACUCAUCCCAUCCACGUCAUUCUCUUGCGAACUGGAAACAAUCACCGCCGAAACAAUUCCAAUGGAUUACAUUCAAACCAAGAUUUGGCCAGUCAUUCAGUCAACCGCUGCUUCGACUACACGCCGGACAACGAAACAUACUUGA